AUUGGAUUAAAAUUGAAGUUAAAUUUUUUGCCUUUCAAGUGAAGAGUGUAGGUGUAAAUUUUAUAAAAUGAACACAUCAAUUAUCGAGGGCGAGACCCACAGAUUGCAAUGGCAGGAUUAUCUCGUGAUUAGCGCAAUCAUGUUAACUUCCGUCAUCAUAGGGAUUUACUAUCGAUUCAGCGGUGGUCGACAACGUACGGCAGCGGAAUACUUUAGCGCGAACAAUUCGAUGGGAGUUGUUCCUCUCUCAAUUGCCAUGAUGGCCUCCCAUAUAUCGGCGAUUAGCAUGCUCGGAAUGAGUGGAGAAACUUACAUCCGCGGCAUGUUCGUCUCAUUAAUGUAUUGCAGCGGCAUUUUCAUCGUGCCGAUCAUAGCCUUCUGCUAUUUACCAGUCUUCUUCGAGAUAAAGGUUGUAAGCAUCUACGAGUAUCUGGAGAAACGAUUUGGAUUGUAUGUACGAUUAUUGGUAAGCGCGGCUAAUUUUACCGAGACGAUGUUAUUGACCGGUGUGAUGCUGUAUGCUCCUUCGUUAGCUCUCGAGGCCACCACAGGAUUAUCGAGUAUUAUGAGCAUCCUGGUACUCGCCACAAUUUGUACCUUCUAUUCCACGAUAGGUGGUAUCAAAGCAGUACUGGUCACCGAUAUUUUCCAAGGCUUACUUAUGAUUGUUGCUCUCAGUACUAUCAUCAUAAUUGUUGCCAUGGACAUCGAUGGAGGAAUCAGUGGUAUUUGGAGUAUUGCUUUCGAGGGAAAUCGUCUUGAUUUCUCCAGCGUGAGUUUAGAUCCAACUGUGCAGUAUACGUGGUGGAGCAUUAUGAUCGGCGGAGCAUUGAUAAAUACAUCCUUUCUUGCAGUGAAUCAAGUGCAAGUCCAACGUUUAAUGACUGUUAAAAACGUAAAGGUGGCUACGGGUGCCUUGCUGCUGUGUGGUCCUUUCAUCACAUUGGUGGGUUUCUUAACGUGUUUCACCGGAUUGGCCCUAUAUGCAUUUUACAGAGACUGCGAUCCUGUGGCCUCCGAAAAGAUUAACACCUACGACAAAAUAGUGCCGUUUUUCACCGCGCAGAGAUUGCCACCUGGAUUGGUUGGGCUUAUCGUUUCUGGCAUUUUCAGCGCUAGCUUGAGUACGAUCUCUGCUAUGAUGAAUUCGUUGGCGGCAGUGGCGCUCGAAGAUUACGUUAAGCCAUUACAUCGAAAGUUCGGGAUGGACUUCUCUGAUAAAAAAGCCACCUUCCUAGCCAAGGCUCUUACCGUUUUAAACGGCGUUAUUUGCUUGUUCUUAGCAUUGUUGGCAAAAACAAUGGGCAGGAUAGUUGCUGUCGCCUUUAGCAUUCACGGAUCUAUUGGCGGACCCAUUUUGGGUAUCUUUACUCUCGGAAUGCUAUGUGAGAGUGCUAACGAGAUAGGAACAAUUAUUGGCAUGGUUACAGCAUUGAUUGUUUGUUUUUGGACAGCUUUCGGGCAACCGAAACCACCUGUCCCGGAGCUACCUGUAUUGAUAGAAGGUUGCGCGAAUUCUUCAGCGUUGAUACUCGCUAAACAGAUGAAACUCAACAGUACUGUGGAACCAGACAGUUCGUCGUACUUCUAUCUCUAUCGUAUUUCUUACUUAUGGUAUAAUCCUAUGGGACUGACAAUUACUUUAGUAGUCGGGUACACGGCGAGCUUUAUAGUACGGCUUAUUCAACGCAGAAACAUUAUUGAACAUGAUCCAAGCUUGUUUAUGCCAUUUGUGGCCUCUAGAAUCAGACGGCGACGACAAGACGAGCAAAAAACUACGAACAGCCAACUCUUCGUUCUGGAAUCUAGCCAUAUAUGAUGAGGUUUUUAGUUAGAUAUAAUUAUAAUAUAAACGAAAUUAUGUUAUUUUAGAUUGAGCGGACGAUAAAAUGAUACAGUGUACUUAAUACUAUAAGAAUAAUUGACUGACUCUAUUAUUAUAAGUGUUAAAAUAAGGUUCAAAAAAGAGUUUAUUUUGAU